GUUAUCGUAAAACGAGGCGCAAUGAGCUAUCAGAAGGCGCUCUCCGACGGGUCACUGCACAACGUCGAGAGGACGGACACCCUCUCUAUGUUUGUAGACGGCAAGGUGGCAGCAGUACGCACAGGUUUGGAAGCGGGUACCAAUCCGGUACCACAAUGGGGC